UCACGUGACUCCUUAUUUAGAUACUGGUUCGUCAGACAGAAAAUGGCUACGGGAUUUGUGAAUAAUGAUGUCGAAGGCUCUCAAAUUGAAAUGGUUCGCGAUAGGGAAAUUAUUGAUAAUACUGAUUCUAUAAAAUUAAAUGAAGCAGUUACAAAAGAAUCGAAAGAUGUACCCUUAGAACCAUUAAAUACACCUUGGACAUUUUGGAUCGACAGAUCUGUUCGUGGUACAACUGUUAAGCAAUAUGAAUCAUCAUUAACAAAAAUUUACACAGUGGACACAGUUCAGGGUUUCUGGAGUGUAUACAACCAUAUCCCUGAACCAUCAAAAUUAAAUAUUCGAUAUAGUUAUCAUCUUAUGAGAUCACAACGCAGACCUGUUUGGGAAGAUGAGGAAAAUAGUGAAGGUGGUAGUUGGACAUUUAAAUGUAAGAAGCAAGACACAGUAAGUUUUAAUUUUUCAUUACCGUUUAUGUUUUAUCUAAAUUUGCAUUCAGUGUUUGGACAAUGCUCUACAUUCAACAUAAGAUAGAACAAAACAAUGAGA